GUGGCCAACACAAUAGGUAGCUCUAGACAAUAGGAAUAUUCACCAUGCUGCUCAGUCUCCUGACUCUCUUCUAAAUCUUUCCCACGCCUUGUACUUAAGCACCCUCGCUACGUAUGAAUCUCUCCUCUCUCUAAAACCCCCCAGCCCAACUCUUUUGCUCAACGUUCCCUUCCAAAGUAUUUCCCCCAAACAUCUUCUCCUCUACCAGGGCCUUGUUUAGCUAUUUACAUGAGCUUUACCUUUACGCGUCUUCUCGGUGUUGGGGCCUCUUUCUUCUCGAAGCCGUUCCGUCGAUUCCCUCUUCCCCAAUUCCUGCCACUGAAAACAGCGCGGGCUGAAAAUAAGCCCGUGAACAUGGUGCCAACGCAUGAGCAGGAAACCGGAAACCUCUUGGCUUGUUUGAAAAGGCGAGUAUCACUGGUUGGACAUUGGAAGUGAUGUUAACAUCAGCUCCAGCUAUUAUCGCAGCUCGAAGUUUACGGACAUGACAAUCAUCACCUCUGAAAAGGAAUUCAAGGUCCAUAAGCUGGUGCUGUGCAGCCAGUCUGGUUACUUCGCGAGAAUGUUCAACGGGGACUGGCUGGAGACCAAUACCAACGUGGUCAAGCUGGAGGGCGAUGACCACCGAUUCUUGGUAACGAUGAUUGACUUCAUGUACGGCUUUGAUUACGACACCACUGAUCACGGCAAUACAUCUCCAAUUAUGUUCCAUAUUGCGGCAUAUCAGAUCGCCGAUAAGUAUGAUGUCCCAAAUAUGAAGAAGCGCGCCAUGGAGAAGUUCAAAGGGUUUGUGACGGUCGGUUGGGAUAUGGAUGACUUUUCGGUAGCGGUUGCAGAGGUGUAUCGAACAAUUCCCAUUUUCGAGAGAGGUCUCCGUGACCCUCUUGUCCGUGUCACACAUCAGCACUUUGGGGAACUAUUGCAGAAGGAAAGCUUCGUGAAGAUGCUUGAACAGACACCUGGUUUUGCGGCAGAUCUGGCCAGGACAUACUUUGUGGAUGGAGGAGGGGGAGGAUGUCCUUGCAAAGUUGGCACAAAUGCUGAUGGUUGUUUUGAUAGGGAAAUGCCCGGUAAUCAGAUUCAUGGUGGGUGGGAGGUUUAUUUAGACGAUUUUACCGAUGCAGAAUCGGAUAUUGAUGGGCAGAAUUGGCAUCUGGAGGGUGGAUGGGAUUUUGGACUAGAUUGAACCAUGGACGCUGGAGUAACAGACUCGGUUGCUUUUAAACCAUAGGCCACCAACUCAAGUUCAUCCAUGCAGUGAUGUUUUAAUAAGCGCCAGGAACGGUCUUUGCAGCACAUGAGACGGAAAUGACAUGGGAUACAUUGAUACAUUCUCAUAAAAGAGCCU